GGAAAUCACGUCAUUUUCCGGUAAAUGGUUUAAGUUCAGUUAAUUCAGCUGCCAAUAACGAUACACGUAAUAUUUAUAAUAAUCCUUAUACAUCAUCUUCAUUACAACAACAGCAGCAGCAACAACAAUUACGCCAUCAACAACUACAUCAACAGCAGGUACAACAACAGCAGCAAUUGCCACAACAUGUUUAUAAAUCAAUUGCUGGCAGCAGCAUUGGUGGCAAUAGCAAUCAAUAUGAUUAUUCAACACCAAAUUUAACAACAGAUCAACAGGCUUCAUCGGCUGCUGCUGCAGCAUCUCUAAUAGCAGGUGUUUCCUCCAACAAUACAACAGAAGCGGAAAAUCUUUUUCUCAAUCAUAAUAACG